UCCCAUCUCUUCACACACUCAUACUACAUCCAACACACACAAAACAUUAAUCAUUUUUGAGAAGAGAGAAAAAAAAAAUGAAUUUCAUCUCCGAUCAGGUAAAGAAACUCUCAAGCUCGAAACCAGAGGAGCCAGAACACAACAAGCCUGCAGCUGAAGGAACCGAAACAGCUACUAGACCAGCUUCCAACGCCGAGCUCAUGGCGAGUGCCAAGGUUGUAGCUGAAGCUGCUCAGGCCGCAGCUCGUAACGAAUCAGACAAACUCGACAAGGGUAAAGUCGCCGGAGCCUCCGCUGAUAUCUUAGACGCUGCCGAGAAAUAUGGUAAGUUCGAUGAAAAGACUGGCACUGGUCAGUACCUCGACAAGGCCGAGAAGUACCUCCACGACUUCGAGUCGUCGCACUCCACCGGCGCCGGUGGUACUCCUCCUCCUGCGAGUCAGGCUGAGCCAACAAGUCAGACUGAGCCGCCGCCGGCAGCUAAGAAAGACGAUGAAGAGUCUGGUGGUGGGAUUGGAGGCUAUGCCAAGAUGGCUCAAGGUUUCCUCAAGUGAUUUGAUCUUUAAUUGUCGUUUCAUUUUCGUAAUAAUAAAUUAUGAUAACUUUUUAAGUAUGGUUUAUGUAUGUUGCAUUGUUUGCGUUAGUAUGGGGAGUGAGUGACGAGCGGUUGUAAUAAAAAUUCAGGUGAUCAUAAUCUAAUCCAUCUUUGUUGUGUUUAUGUUUCGUUUUUUCCAUUAAAAAAAAAGUUGUUUCUAUGUUAAA